CUUGUCUUGGGCCAUUCUGAAAGAAAAAAUUGUUCCAACAGGAAAACAAUUGAAUAUUUGAAAAUAUUGUGCGCCAAUUCUUUUUUUAUUGCUUUUCACGUUCUACACACCCUUUUCUUUGCAAUGAUAGACCCUGAAACUCUCAGUGUAUUAUGGACAUUUGGAAUAGGAAUCAUAGUUUUAGUUGUUUGCUUCUUUCUCUUUGCAUGGUUAAAAGCCAAGGUGCCUGAAAUAUAUCAUUUCAGGAUGCUCGCAAGUCAAUUAUCGUUUUACAAUGAUUAUAAUGAUGAACCUGUCUAUGCUCCUGAACAACCCAAAGGAAUUUUUGCUUGGUUGUUACUGACUUGGUUAUAUACCGAAGACAAGUUGAUACAGACUCAUGGUCUGGAUGCUGUUAUGUUUACAAGAUUCAUGAGAAGUGGAUUAUUUAUAUGUUGCAUUCUUUGUUUAAGCGCAGCAGUAGUUCUAUUUCCAGUGUAUGCUACAAGUGGUCGUCAUCAUCUUAAAAGCAAUAAUCCUUUGUAUACCUCAGGAUUGGAACUUAUUUCCAUGUCCAAUUUGCAACGAAACGAUCCUCGAAUGUGGGUAUCCAUGCUAUUUGAAUACUUGGUUGUAUUUACUGCUUUAUUGUUUCUUUUUUUCGAUUAUCGGGCAUAUUAUCGAUACCGAAUGCAGUAUAGAGCACAAGAAAGACCUACAAAUUACACACUACUCUUAGUAGAUGUUCCAAAGAGUGUUGAUGUAUUUGAGUCAGUACAGGAAUAUUUCAAUCGUCUAUUUCCUCAAGAUGUCCCUUAUGUGGUUCCUGUUUUCAACUUGGAAAGCAUUCAAAAACUUCAAGUUAAAUUGGAAAAACUUUUAGGUCGUAAAGAGAGAUUGGAAUGGAGAUAUUUGCAAGAUAGUACAAACAUUAGAAGAGGAGAUGGAUGUCAUAAUAUAAGCCCAAGUCAUACUUUGGGUAUUGCUAACAGAUCCAAGCUAAAAGAAUUGCAACAUUGUAAUGAAAUGAUCCGAGAGAAGAAAAUACUAAUUGCCGUCGAAAGAAGCAAAAUACUAAAGGAUAACAAUUCAAAUAUGAUAGCAUUCUUUAUUCUAUUUCGUUACAAAUUUCAAGCAGCAUUUGCAAGGCAGACCUGUCUGUUUGAAAAAGCAACGCAGUGGGUUACAUCUUCAGCAGCGGAUCCUAACGGAAUCCAUUGGAAUGCGUUUUCUUGGAGUCGUCCAAGUUCUUUAUUUCGAAAAUUCUUAUCCAUUGCAUCUAUUCUUGCUCUUAUCAUUUUUUGGACUAUACCUGUAACAUUUGUUUCAGGUUUAGCCAACAUUCAAACUUUGAGUCAUGUCAAAGCUUUACAUUGGCUCUCCAAUAUUACGAAAGUAUCACCAAAAGUGGUUGCAUUUCUAAAUGGUGUUUUACCUGCAGUCAUUCUGGUUGUGUUGUUUUCCUUCGUUCCAUGGCUACUGUAUAAACUUCUGUUGCAAACGAGAGACUUUUCACUCGUUCAUGUACAAAGCCAAGUACAAAUAUGGUAUACUGUAUUCCUUGUGGUGCAAGUAUUCCUUAGUUAUACUAUUAGUGGCAGUAUAUUUGGAAAUUUACAAGCGAUGAUACAGGAUCCAAAUAACAUUCCAAAUUUGUUGUCCGAGACUAUACCGAAACAAGGAUUAUUUUACAUGAAUUAUAUUCUUAUUCAAGGACUAGUUGGAUUCUCUAUAUCUUUGCUUUUGAUAGGACCUCUAAUUGUCCGUUGGUUCAAGUUGCAUUGGAUAGCAAAGACGGAAAGAGAGAAGAACAAAGUCAUUACAAAUGCCAUCCAGGCUUUUCAUUAUUCAAGUCAUUAUGGUUCUGCCUUUAUUGUUGUCUUUCUAUGCCUUAUGUACAGUGUCAUGUCUCCCUUUAUUUUAUUCUUUGGUUGCAUCUAUUUUGCUUGGGGACUUUGUGUAACCAAAUAUCAAUUGAUUUAUGUCAAUGUUUCCAUGUACGAAGCAGGUGGAGUUCAUUUUCCCACUGUCUUUUAUAGCUAUAUUGCCACAUUAAUACUCCAACAACUCGUGAUGAUGGCUCUUUUUGGAAUCAAUCAGUUCAUACCGGGAUUUCUUAUCCUCCCACUACCAUUUCUUACUGUAUCUUAUGCGAAAUGGCUAUCGAGACGAUUUGAAACUGUAUCAGAACAUGGUGCUGUGUUCAAAAUGAUAGAAAAGAAUAAUGAAUCUUCAGUUCCUGUCACUUAUUACGAUUUGUAUAAACAUCCUGUAUGGAUUGCAUUGAAUGAAACAGAAGAAUUGUCAUCAAUCUAAGGUAUAAUAUCCACAAAACAUUCUUUCCGCGAAACUAGAAUUUCUUAAGA